UUUUAUAUUUUACGUAUCAAGACAAAGCCAAACCCUCCUCUGGACUCUCCCUCUCCACCUUCAUCCUCAUUCCACACCACGAGCCACAACCACAAUAUUCACUAUUGCUCGUUGAAAGAGGAUUUCUCGCUUCUGAGUCCGUAAAGUUAUGUUAUAUUCGGAUCAUUGCACUAACAGAUCAGAUUUCCUUUAAAAUGCAUCUCUGGUUGCCUGAUCUGUUGUUGUCUCGUAUGAAAAGAACUCCAUAUGAUGAUCUAGAAGGCUAAGCUUGCAAAUAUAGUUGCUUCUUCAGCUAUGGUGUCUGGCCACGAUCCUAUCGAUUCAUUUUACAACACCCUACAUGCCGUGAAAGAUGCACUCACCCCACUCGAAUGUGGAAUCCGACGGGCCGCGGAAGACCUGGAGUCGUGUUGGUUGGGCCGCCCGAGAAAGGAUUUCUUCCUCCAAUUGAAUGAGAAGCGGCAGCAUUGGGAUGGGUUUGACGAUGAGAAGAAGAAGAAUGGGUCAUCCAAGGAGAGGAACUCAGCAAGGGUCCCUUUCAAGACGUUUCUGGGGACGAUUUUCCAUAAUUCGGGGAGCAACGGCCGUGACAGAACGGAUAUUAUGUCAGAGAAGGGACUGAAAGAGAGGAGGGGGGAUAUUCAAGAGGAUGCAUCCUGCGUCAACUGCUUGCAGUUUGUGAUGACUUGGUCUCUGUUGCUGAACAGUAUCAUUCAGGCAUUCCCAAGUCCAUUGAAAACCGUUAAGAAGUGUUUCCAGAAACAGUGUGGCCAAGACAAUGGAUUGCCCAAUUUGCUUGUGCGCUCGCCAUCGUCUAAAGUGACCCAGAGGACAUUGGAUGGUUCAUUUUCAGCGCAGUUUCAAGACAAUGGUGUCACAUUUAAGGAAGGAGAAAUCUUGUCGCUGGAGCUCUUUCUAGGUUUCAUGUUUGAUAAUUUCUUUCAAUAUAUUCACAAGUUUGAUCAGAGUAGCCAAGAUAACAAUAGUAAGAGUUGCGAUGGUACUGAUUCUUCUCCUUCAUCUUCAACCCAAUUCAAUCAUCUGGGAAUGAUUGCGGGCAUCUUGAAUGGAAGGAAAGCAGAUGUUAAUUGUCUUUUGACCAAUCUGAGGUUUGCAAGAGUAGGAGGUGCCCCUCCAAGUCUGGUGGGAGUAACAUCUUCCUCCAAAGACGACGGUGAGAAUUCUGGGUCCCCUGAAAACAGGGAAGAACCAGAGAGCAGUUCGGCUCAGAAGCUUGCUAAUGGGUUGCUAAGCAUUCCGUUAUCGAACGUUGAGCGCUUGUGUUCCUCUCUCUCGACUAUUUCAUUGACGGAAUUGAUUGAGCUUGUCCCUCAGCUGGGACGACCCUCAAAAGACUAUCCUGACAAGAAGAAGCUGUUCUCUGUUCAGGAUUUCUUCAGGUACACGGAGUCUGAGGGUAGGCGGUUUUUUGAGGAGCUGGAUAGAGAUGGUGAUGGCCAGGUAACACUCGAAGACCUUGAAAUUGCAAUGAGAAAGAGAAGAUUACCACGAAGAUAUGCUCGAGAUUUUUUGCGUCGCACCAGAAGUCACAUAUUCUCAAAAUCAUUUGGGUGGAAACAAUUUCUAUCAUUGAUGGAACAGAAGGAACCAACGAUUCUGCGUGCUUAUACCACUCUAUGUUUGAGCAAGUCUGGAACAUUACAAAAAAGUCAAAUCAUGACAUCUCUUGAAAGUGCAGGCCUUCCAGCGAACGAAGAUAGUGCUGUUGCUAUGAUGCGGUUUUUGAAUGCAGACACAGAAGGACCUAUUUCUUAUGGUCAUUUUCGAAAUUUUAUGCUUCUACUUCCUUCUGAGCGGCUUGAAGAUGAUCCUCGGAGUAUUUGGUUCGAAGCGGCUACUGUUGUUGCCGUUCCCCCACCCGUGGAAAUACCUGCUGAAAGUGUUCUAAAAUCUGCUUUGGCAGGAGGCCUUGCUUGCGCGCUGUCUACUUCCCUAAUGCAUCCUGUUGAUACAAUGAAGACUCGAGUACAAGCUUCAACACUCUCAUUUCCAGAACUUGUGUCGAAGCUGCCACAAAUUGGACUUCAGGGUUUAUACAGGGGUUCUAUCCCAGCCAUUCUUGGACAAUUUUCAAGCCAUGGAUUGCGGACUGGAAUCUUUGAAGCAAGCAAGCUUGUAUUAAUAAAUGUUGCCCCAACACUUCCUGAAAUUCAGGUGCAAUCUUUAGCAUCCUUCUGUAGCACGGUCUUGGGAACAGCAGUGCGAAUUCCGUGUGAGGUAUUGAAGCAGCGGUUGCAGGCAGGCAUCUUUGACAAUGUGGGAGAGGCUAUUGUGGGCACUCUCCGCCAAGAUGGUUUCAAAGGCUUCUUUCGUGGGACGGGUGCAACACUUUGUCGGGAGGUUCCGUUCUAUGUAGCUGGCAUGGGGCUGUAUGCCGAAGCCAAAAAGGCUGCUCAGCAACUUCUGAGGCGGGACCUAGAACCUUGGGAGACUAUUGUGGUCGGGGCACUCUCUGGUGGGCUUGCUGCUGUUGUCACAACUCCUUUUGAUGUGAUGAAGACACGAAUGAUGACCGCUCCUCAGGGUUUGCCAGUGUCAAUGUCAAUGGUAGCCUUCUCCAUUCUCCACCAGGAGGGACCGCUUGGGCUAUUCAAGGGAGCAGUUCCCAGGUUUUUCUGGAUUGCACCGCUUGGUGCCAUGAACUUUGCUGGCUAUGAGCUAGCAAGGAAGGCGAUGGAUAAGACUGAGCAUCCAACUGGUGACCAGUUGCCCCGAAAGAGGCUUGCCAGUUCUGGGCGUAAAAGAAGAGGGGCCCCAGGUGUGUGAGCAAGCUGACAUCAUCAUCUAUGUUAUUUACUUCUGGUGGUUGGGUGAGCAGAUGGUCUCCACACACAACAUUAUCUUUCUUCAGUUAUGUACAUAAAAAGUAAAAAAGAAAAAAAAAGAAAAGAAAAGAAAAGAAA